CUCGCGCCGCUCACUGCAAUCUGUGCUGGUGAGGCCGAAGGAGCGACAGCUUCAGUAUUCACCCCGGCCUACGAAACGCUUAUGACGCUCGCCACCAAAUAACACCAAUAACACGAGGUGAGUUUGGGCGUACUGGGAUAUGAGAUUUCAAUACAUUGUGUAUUAUGUAGUUUCACUGCUUAAGACGAUCUUGAUCCCCGAUGGUUAAAUGCGCGGUCGAUUUCGAAAAGCGGCAUGUUUGCGGAAGUGACCGCGCGCUCCAUGUUUAGCCGCCCCUGUGCUUUUAUAUUUGCCUUUAUAUUUCAUGUGUUUGUUUCCAAAAUAUAUUUCACUCUCACGUACAUUUUGUCGACACGGUAAACGUUUGGAAAGUGGAAGAGGCUGUUUGAAGGGAAGUUGACUAGCCAGUGGACCCGUUUGAAAAAAAAAAUGAAAAUGGCUUCCAUCUUUGUCGUCUCAGCAGAGAGGUUUAUACCUUUGUUUCUCCGUCUCACAUGUCAGGGAGUCUGUGAGUAACUUCCUUUUAUCUUCAUGCAGAGGAUCAUUGUCCAACGAACUUUAAUUUUAAGAAUUGGGUUGUUUAUUUAACUGUUUUUAUUUUGUUACUUACCCAGUAGCGCACUUUUUGACCACGUCAGUGCGGUGGGGGAGGGGAAGUGAGUCUGGUUGGGUGGAGCCUGUAAUGAUUCAUUCACUGCCUUCGCUGUAAGUUUGACUAGUUUAGUAGAUUCCAGCUACUGAAAGAGUUAUAUAGUUUAUUUUUCUUUGAUUGUUUUGUGUCACAACUUGCUAUAUGAGUGAUUCACACGAAAUCCGUUCAGAAAAUGUCCUGUUCCUGUUUUACUCCAAAAGUAAAAGAAACAAUUGAGAAAUUACAUUUUGCAUUUGAAAAGUGAAGCCUGUUUAGAUGUGGUUUUAUAAACGUUUUCUUGACAGAUGCACCCAAUUCUCAUUACUGCAACAUGCAAAAAGGUCAUUAUGAUAUUCUUGUUUCCGUAACUUGAAAUAAUUUUAUUAAUAUAAUUAUAUUUUUUUAUUUAUAAAUAUUCUCCCAAUUUGGAAUGCCCAAUUCCCACUAUGUAGUAGGUCCUCGUGGUAGCACGGUUACUCGCCUCUAUCCGGGUGGCGGAGGGCAAGUCUCAGUUGCCUCCGCUUAAGAGACUGUCAAUCCACGCAUCUUAUCACGUGGCUCGUGCAUGACACCGCAGAGACUCACAGCAUGUGGAGACUCAUGCUACUCUCCGCGAUCCAGACACAACUUACCACAUGCCGCAUUAAGAGCGAGAACCACUAAUCAUGACCACAAGGAGGUUACCCAUGUGACUCAACUCAAAGUUCUCUCUAGGUACUGCCUUUCAUUUCUGCUGAUUUUAACAAAACAAAAAAAUAUUGUGCAACGGUGUCUUUUUUUUACUCUAAUACACAUAAAAAUGCUACAAUAAUGAGAAUAAUCUUGAAAGCAAUAGUAAAAGUAAAAAAUCCUGACAUGUUACGUUAAUGAAGAAUUGGUAUGAUAAAAUGUGCUUGAGUGUUCUGAAAAUGUCACAAUGCGAAAAUCAUAAUAGGGCUCAAUGUAGGCCUAGCCUUAAUUCUAUUUAAGCAAAAUAUAAUUUUAUAUUUUCUUUGAAUUAAUUUGGGCUUAAAAAUUACCAGGACAUCAUUCAGGUUUUGUGAGAUUCACCCAUAUAGAGUUUUCUCAAAUAAUUGUAUAACUGUUAGUUAUAUAGAGAUCUCAUUAAAAAAAUUUAUAUGCAAAUAAUUGAAUGCAGUGCUCGUAUGCGAAAUGUUGGUUGUAGUUUUAGUUGCAGUGGAUGUGUGUCAGCUUGCGCUCUGGUCUCUUUUUCAACAGUGCUGGGAUGUCACCUAUGCUUCAGGUAGGCAAACCACCAUGCCCUUAAUAUAUCUGGUUAACAAUGUGGUUAUGGGUUUAAAGUUUUUGUGUGUGAUCUUGGUAACCGUCAAGCAAAUCAUCUCCAUUAUGUUAAGUCAUCCCUCUUAACAUGAAAUGACUUUGCAAUACAUGUGGUGGUUUUUGUGUGCUUGCAUUCAAUGGAUUUGUUGGUUUGCUUGUUUUGUAUAGAGUUUGAUGUGUGAAAUGCAACUCAUUACCAUUGUUUAGCUAUCGUCCUACGUCUUUCCACCUCUCACCUACCCAUUAGUCUUUUUACAAAUGUUGCUGAUCAGAGGUCCCUCUGCCCCCUCCCCACCCCUACCAACACACGCACAGUCAUGCACACAAACAUUCAGUUGGUCAAGAGCUGGUUUGAUGACAAGAUUAUGUGCUUUGUCAUGCUGGUUGGUGUCAUGUGUUUUUUUUCCUAUACUGGAUACAUUUUUGUUACUUUUAGGCUCCCGUUACCCUGGUUGGCUGGCCACGGAGACAGGGAGUCCUCGUCUCAGUACUGUGGCUCUCCACAUUAGACUUACUAUUUGCGGGUAAAUAUGUUCUCCAAGGGCAUUAAGCGUAAAUUUUCGGAUGGUGGUGAAGAGAUAUCAGAUGAAAGCCUGGUAGGAGCCAGAGUGGCAUCCUCGUACAGCUUGCAACGUCAGUCGCUACUGGACAUGUCUCUCAUCAAGCUGCAGUUAUGCCACAUGCUGGUGGAGCCCAACCUCUGCCGCUCGGUUCUCAUUGCCAACACAGUCAGGCAGAUUCAGGAGGAGAUGACCCACGAUGGCAGCUGGCAGGUGGUCACUGAAGCUUUCUGCAGUGCAGGCCAGAGCCCCUCUGAGCGCUUAGUAGCCACCGAGGUCCUCUGUCGGUCACGAGAACCAGACUCAGAGCCCAAGCUCUUUUCUGUCAUCAGCUACGAAGGUUGCCGUGAAGAGGAAGUGGUAGCUGAUGAGACACUGUGCUCUGUUUCAGUUAGCAACACUGUCUCUAACGUGUAUCUGGCAGGGAGCAUGGGCCAGUGCUGGGAGAGGGGUGAGAUCAGUGUUGUAGAGAGGGACGAAGAGGUCCUUGAAGACUCUAGGCUAGGUUCAGGAGAAGAUGAGGAGAUCGAGGAAGAGGCUUCCAGGCAGGGUCCAAAGACCAUGGGGCAAGUGUUUGGGACGUUUGAAAUAAAAAACGGUUCCCCGGGUCCAGACUCUGCUCUUGAGGAGUUAUUCUCAGAUGUGGACACCUCCUACUAUGACCUGGACAACAUGCUUACUGGCAUGCAGAGUGCACCCAAGAUGGGCCCUUAUGACAUCCUUGACAGCUUGGCACCUUCACACAGUUCCCCAUCCAUAGUGUCCACCCCAAACUGUCGUUCUGACCUCAAUGAACUGGAUCAUAUCAUGGAAAUCAUUGUGGGUUCUUAGAUUAAAAACUUUUCAGAGGCUUACAUGCUUGUCUUAAUGUUACUGGCUUGUCUGUCCUAUAUGGAAAGCAAGUAAAAUCUGGAGUCCUUUCAGAGAAAAUAAUUGAUGUCUUGUGAAGGAAGGCCUUGAUUUUAUGAGCUGACCAUAGGUAUUUGCAUACUCUUUGUAUGUUUUAAUGUUUUUUACUCUGUAUUUGUCUGUCCAGACAUGCUGUUUUGUUUAAUUUAUUUGUUAAACUCAUGACACUACAGAGAGCAGAACAAGAUGUAUACAAAAGUUGUAAAACUUAAGAUAUUUUCAUAAGGAGACAAAAUUUUGUCUAAAUUAUGUACAUAAAUAUAUAUUUUUACAAUAGAUUCUGCUUGUAAUAUGUUACUGUACAUUCUGUACAUGUUCUACAAAUUGAUUUUAACCGAAGAGAUUAGAUUCUUAUUAUGUGCAAAUCCACAAACUGAAGGAACUUCAUUCAAUGGUCAAAUUUGAAAAAGGCAGCAAGGAUAUAUAUACAAUGAUGCAUGUUUUACAUUUACAUGCUCAUUUGCACAAAGUAUUUUUUUUCCUCAUAGUUUGAUUGCAGUUGGCUGUCAGUCAGCUCAGCCAUAGGUUUUGUUUGUUGAUCGACAUCAAUGUUAUAUUUGUCUUAUCAACAAAUGAAGAAUAAUGGGGCCAGCCCAUUCUAUAUUGUGACUUAAUUUAUUUAAUUUAUUUACUGCAAAUGGUGAGUGUUGGCUGUGGUCAAACUCAGGGUGGCUUUAUAACUCUAGAGGACUUAUUGGAUCUCAUUCACCAAAGCCUUUUGCUCAUACGAAAUCUGGAGUGUAUGGGAAGCUGUCACAGUGUUUGGUCAGUUAGUUUGCAUCAAUUGUUGGUUUUAAGUAUUGGUUCUGAAUGAGUUAACUGUUUUAAUAUGGGUAAACAGCUUAAGUGUGUCUGUCUCUUAGUCCUUUGGACCCCUCAUAAUAAGAAAGCAUUUGUCUAGUUCUAUGCAUUGAGGUUCAUGACACACUUUCUAUGCAUGAAGUGUUUAAAGAUGCAUUUAGUACAGUAUUCAUUUUUAAAAAUACGUUUCAGAAUAAGUCAGCAAGAGAUGGUUUUAUUUUACCUGACCGUUUCCCCCAAUGUUACAUAAAUUAUUUGGUUUUGCCUAUUUUUUUGUUUUUUGCAUAAACUAUGUUUGUGCAAAUCAUAGGUUAUAUAACAUGUGGAUAAUUAUGUUUUCAUCUACAUUGUCUCACACUUAAAUUGCAAGAGGAGAAAUGUUUUUUAUUGUAUGAUCUUAAACUAGUAUAGAGUAUAAACCUUUUAUAUGAGCAUUGUAGCUUUUUUUAAAAAACGUUUUUUAAUAAAAGGUACAACUUUUAUUUGAAAUAUUUAUUGUGU